GCGUCGUUACGUCGCCGCCAUUUUGUUUCACCGGGAGUAAGGAUCGUAAAAAGCACCGGUGAGACUAUUUUCCCUUCAAUUGGAGCACUUUCAACACGGCGGAUCCGCAUCGUGCACACCCGAAUUCAGAUAUUUGCAUGAUGUCUGGAGACAUGGCCACAGAUCAUGUGAACGGGAACGGGACGGAGGAACCGAUGGACACUACAGCGGCGGUGAGCCACUCCGAACACUUUGAGGCUCUGCUGGAGGCUGGUUUACCUCAGAAAGUUGCAGAGAAGCUGGAUGAACUUUAUGUAGCAGGCCUGGUAGCUCAUAGUGACCUGGACGAACGGGCCAUCGAAGCUUUGAAAGAGUUCAACGAGGAGGGAGCGCUACAAGUGUUGGUCCAGUUCAAAGAGAGCGACCUGUCACAUGUGCAAAACAAAAGUGCCUUCCUCUGUGGGGUGAUGAAGACGUACAGGCAGAGAGAGAAACAAGGGACUAAAGUUUCAGACUCCACUAAAGGACCAGACGAGGCUAAAAUCAAAGAGCUCCUGGACAGAACCGACUACACGCUGGACGUAACGACGGGCCAGAGAAAGUACGGCGGGCCUCCACCCGAGUCCGUUUACUCCGGGGCGCAGCCCACAGUCGGGACGGAGAUAUUUGUUGGGAAGAUUCCCCGCGACCUGUUUGAGGACGAGCUGGUCCCCCUGUUUGAGAAGGCCGGUCCCAUCUGGGACCUGAGGCUAAUGAUGGACCCUCUGAGCGGCCUGAACCGAGGCUACGCCUUCGUCACCUUCUGCACCAAAGAAGCAGCUCAGGAGGCCGUGAAGCUGUGUAAUAAUCAUGAGAUUCGUCCUGGUAAACACAUCGGUGUGUGUAUAUCUGUGGCCAACAACAGACUAUUCGUCGGCUCCAUUCCCAAGAGCAAAACGAAGGAGCAGAUAGUGGAGGAGUUUUCUAAAGUCACAGAGGGCCUCAGCGACGUCAUCCUCUACCACCAGCCCGACGACAAGAAGAAGAACCGCGGCUUCUGCUUCCUGGAGUACGAAGACCACAAGACGGCGGCUCAGGCCCGGCGGCGGCUGAUGAGCGGGAAGGUGAAGGUCUGGGGCAACGUGGUGACGGUGGAGUGGGCCGACCCCAUCGAAGACCCCGACCCGGAAGUCAUGGCCAAGGUGAAGGUUUUAUUUGUGAGGAAUCUCGCCAACGGUGUCACGGAGGAAAUCCUGGAGACGUCCUUCAGUCAGUACGGGAAACUGGAGCGGGUGAAGAAGCUCAAAGACUACGCCUUCAUUCACUUUGAGGAGAGGGACGGAGCCGUGAAGGCGCUGGACGAGAUGAACGGGAAGGAGCUGGAGGGGGAACCCAUCGAGAUCGUUUUUGCAAAGCCACCAGAUCAGAAGAGGAAGGAGCGGAAAGCCCAGAGACAAGCAGCCAAAACACAAAUGUACGACGACUAUUACUACUACCCUCCCCCUCCACGCAUGCCUCCUUCGGGCCGGGGCCGGGGCCGAGGCGGGAGCCGGGGCGGCGGGGGCUACGCCUACCCCCCCGACUACGGCUACGGCUACGACGACUACUACGACUACUACGGCUACGACUACCACAACUACCGGGGCGGCUACGACGACCCCUACUACGGCUACGACGACUUCCAGGUCCCGAGCCGGGGGCGGGGCGGCGGCGGCAGCCGGGGCUCCAGGGGCGGAGGAGGAGGAGGAGGUGGAGGAGGUGGAGGUGGAGGAGGAGGCUCGCCGGCUAGAGGAGGACGAGGCGGCGCACCCAGGGGCCGGGCCAACUUCUCCCAGCGAGGCGGCGGCGGACUCGGUGGACCGGGCCGCGGAGGAGGAGGAGGAGGAGGAGGAGGAGGAGUGGGAGGAGGAGGGCGAGGAGCGAGAGGAGGCCUGCAGCCGAGAGGGCGAGGAGGGGUACGUGGUGCUCGGGGUGGCCGCGGUGGAAAUGUAGGAGGAAAGCGCAAAGCUGACGGGUACAACCAGCCAGAUUCCAAGCGGCGCCAGACCAAUAAUCAGAACUGGGGCUCUCAACCCAUUGCUCAGCAGCCGCUCCAAGGUGGUGAUCAUUCUGCAGGACAAAGGGGUCGAGGCCGGUCCUGACGCGUCGCUAUGAGGACCGAGCGGCGUCGGACGCGCUGCAGCCCGCCGCCGGACGCAGACGGAGGAGGAGCAGAUCUCCUGAAUCUGCCACGGUGGAAGAUAAUCAGAAGAGUGAGACAUCCUUCUGGAAAAGGCUUUGCACUUUUGGAGUGGUUGAGUAGAACUUUUCAUUUCAAGUUUUUUUUUGUUUUGUUUUGUUUUUCUGUUGAAAUGAUGGACUAAAGUCUGUGAUUAUUACCAGAGCUGAAGGUCGGGCAUUCCAGAAAUGAAAUGGUUUGUUAACUACCUCGGUUUUGUUCCGUGGACAGACGUCGCAGCCAAACAACGGAGCACUCGAUGAACUUUUUAAGUCCUUGGAAACGAAGCCUGGACACAAACUGUUCUCUAAACUAGUAAAAUAAGACAAACCUUAAAUGCCUGGAGGAAGAAAAAAAAAACAACAACAACAAACUAACGCGCCGUUAUUCUUUGUCUUCCACGAUGGGCGGCGUCUUAACUCUUUUCUUUGUGUGCUUGUUGUUGUGAGGUGAAGCUUCAUCGAGGUUUCUGAUAAUCAAACAUCGUCAUCACGGCCUCAUUUAUGUGUCGUCCUGUCUCUUCUCUGUGUGUGUGUGUGUGUGCGUGUGUGUGUGUGUGUGUGUGUGUGAGUGUGUGUGUGUGUGUGUGUGUGUUAGACUGGAAACGAAAGAAAAAAGGUUUCAUCUGGUCAGGAUGCAGCUUUCAUUUGGGUUUAAAUCCUAAAUAUGUGGUGACGUUAAUUGGAAUAAAUAAAAGCUAAUAUUCAUGUCGGGCGCUUGAAUCUGAAUUCAACCUGCUACUAGACGACUUUUAAUACUUUUCUCUCCGUGGGUGAAGGUGAGUGCACUCUCUGGCCACUUUAUUAGGUACGCUAGUUAGCCUGUGGAGCUACGGUUCAAUAUUUCUACUCCGUGAAAACCUCAAAGAAACGAGUCGACGUGUCUGAGUUAUUUGAAGCUGAACCCGGAUUUGGAGCCGGUCUGUUACAUUAGAAAGCAUUGACAGCUGUACCUAAUAAAGUGGCCGGCUGGUGCAGGACAUCGCCCGUCUUCUCUGGUGUUUUUUUGUUUUUUUUCACAGUUGUGCCUCAGGAAAUAGUUUUUCUGAAAGAAAACCUUCAACUCUUUCUGUGGCGUUCUGGCCAAAGGCAUUCUGGGAAAUGUAGGAAACGUUAUGAGCACAUCAUAGGUCAGACAUAUUUGUAUUAUUUUUAUUUUAUUUUGGUUUCUUUUUGACAACAUUUUAAACUUCAUCGUAGCCAUUUUCUUUGAUUUCGUAUUUUAUUUUUAGCUUUCUUCCAGUUCAGUGAGGACAGUGCAGCUUGUUCUUCCUUUUCUUUUCUUUUACUUUCAUUUUAUUUCAAAAACUUGUUUUGUGGAAAAGAGCCAGACUUAAAAACAAUAAUAAUCAUAAUAGUUUUUUUAAGAGUCAAAAUGUUUUUUUGUUUUGUUUUUUCCUAACAAGUGUUUGCAGUCGUCUUGCAAAUGAAAUGUUUUAUAUUGUACAGUGAGGUGAGUUAAACCUAUUUUUCUAAUAAAGUUAUUGACUUUGA